AUGCGUUCAGAUAGCAGCAUGGUUGGAGCGAUGCCCCCUCCCCCAGGUGUUGUCUCGAACUUCAACGAUCCAGAGUCGAUCGCGCAUCGUGUUAUCGUUGUCUCUGUGCUCGGCGCCGUGAUCACUAUACCUAUCUGUCUCGUUAGGUUGUACACGAAGCACCGCAUACUGCGCAACUUUGGAUGGGAUGACUAUUCUAUCAUGCUGGCAACGACAUUUGCUCUGGGCUUUUCAGUCUACGUGUGCUACCAAACAACAAACUGCCUUGGUAUUCAUAUCUGGGACUGCCCAGCUGAUAAGUUCUACGCAUUGAUGAAGAUCGGCGACAUAGCAGGACCUAUACUAUCCAAUUUUGCGACUAUGCUCACAAAAGUCUCGCUAUGCCUGUUUUACUUGAGAGUGUCCCCCUUCAAGGCUAGUUUCCGUCUUACUGUCUACCUUGUUAUGUGUGUCUCGGUCGUGAAUGGUAUGCUCAACGCACUUGGCUUUGCAUGGGUCUGCCAGCCGAUCGAGAAAUAUUGGGAUUUCUCCAUCACGACUGGGGACUGCAUCAACCUUAACUCUUAUUUCCUCGCUACGGCAUGUAUCAAUGCAGCCACCGGUCUGGUUUUGCUUGUACUGCCUGUUUUUAUACUACACAAGCUGCAACUUCCUUUGCGUCGGAAGAUUGGAGCAGCACUGCUGCUAAUGACAGCUUCCUUUGUGUGCGUGGUCAGCCUCAUUCGAGUUGAGCAAGUUGUCCAUGGAAUGAAGAUUGUGCCCACAGACGCCACAUGGGGUUUGGUAGCCAAUUUUAUUUGGUUACUGGUUGAGAUGUGGCUAGGCAUAGUCUGCACCUGCUUGCCUAUCAUAUACACGUUCGUACGGACACAAAUAUUGUCGAAGCGAGAACGGGGCCCAUCAGGGGCCUUCAUCGCAGUGCGAGACCCUAAUAGCGGCCAGAUCCUGGGCCUUCCCACCGUAGACUCAGGGUACUAUACUGGAAACGCCACGGUUGUAAGCUUGGAACAGCUCGAUGUAGAGCGACCGAUUCAGAUCGCGAAUCCUGAGCACAGUAUACGAGCAGCAACAUCAAACAAGAGCCUUCUGCAAGCAACAGUACGAUGCGAUGACUAG